AUGCAAUGCAACAAAUACUUCGGCAGACAGGAUGUGCUGAGCCGGCACGUGAAGCUGCAUGAGAAAGGGCCCACUGCCACAGUUGCACAACAGCAGCAAACUGCGACCGCCGGUGUAGUACUUCCCACGGCACCAGCAUUCUCGCCAACUUCCUUGGGGCCGGCGGAAACCUCGAUAGAGCAACCCAGGAUCUUUGACCAAUCUCUUCUUGGCGGCCCCUAUAUGCUUGAAUCGGAAAAUCUGUUUGAUUGGCUGAUACCAGAUGUACCAAACGAUCCAUCGCUCUUCUUGCCCAUGGCAGAAUCCCUUAAUGAUUCCCAACAAAUGAUCUCGGCUUUGAGCAGUUUACACUCAAUUCCUCCCGCCGAUGGCCAGGAGAGUGCUGGCCAGCAUGCGUUGCAUCAGCUUCACAAGCUUAUCGAUGAUCUUUCUAGGAGACUUAAUAAUGAUUUGCAAAACACGGGAGUCACCACACCGUUCGUUGAUGCAUGUUUGAGAGAAUACUUUGGGCGAGUAUCACCAUGUCUUCCGAUAAUCCACGAGCCUACGUUCUCUACGCACGACUGUAUCUCCCCUCUGCUGUUAAAUAUGAUUGCUUUGGGGUCACUAUUUGUAUGUCUCCCUGAUGCCGCCCAGAAAGGAGAGAUCCUAUGGCAACUGGGGCAUACUGCGGUUGCAACCUCUUGGCAGAGCUUGAUCGAGUUGCGAGGGCCGCGUGACCAGUGCAAUGGCAUCCAGCUAGUUUCAACGGCUCUUCUGGGACAAACGUACGCAUUACUUUCCAGUAAUACCAAAAUUCGAUCAACCGCAUUUGUCUUCCACGGAUUAGGGUUCCAUUGGGCAAGGAUAUCUGGUAUGUACCCAGUGGGCGCUUUGCAACCAGGAGCCAUACCGAACUUGGAAGCAGACCCAGCCGUCAAGGACGCCGCCUGGCGGACGUGGGUGGCCACAGAAGUUCAACGCCGAGCAACACUCGGACACUAUAUUUUAGACGGACUCAUUUCGCAGGCAUCAGGCUCCACUACUAGCGCUCGGCAUCUCACUAAUGAAGUUGAGGCCGUAUGUUAUGAUGCUGCAUUUACUGCUGAAACUGCGGAAGAAUGGAUCAUUCGAAUGCCACGGCUAGACCGUAUGCAGAUCCCAUUUUCAGAGCUAUUCAUUAAAGUGUGCUCCAAGGAUCACAUUCAGACACCAUUACAACUCUCGCGGGUCUCUAUUGCGGUCUUACUCGAAGGCCUGCAAUCAUCAAUUGCUGAGUUACAUGAUAUCAGGGGCCCUGCUUUGGGGACCGUUUCAUGCUCGCAGAUCAUCCAAGGUCUCAUAAACAUAUACGAAAACAAUCUUUCUACAUCCCACAACGUCGAGUCCCUCCAAACCCUCAUUCGCUGGCAUGCAGUGUGCAUCGAGCUUUCCACCCCCACCAUAUUUCUCUACCGCCGCAUCUGCGAGGCGUACAACUUACCGCAGAUUUUAAGCGGUAUUUCGGUCACAGGCUGGGCACGCCCCUUCAACUUCACCACCUGGGCCCAAAGCGUCGAGGCCUUUCGCGCCGCUCUCCAUGCAGUUUCCAUCAUACGUAUUCUCGAUGAGAUCCCCAACGGUCGCACUCACGAAAUCCAUAUCCCCGGCUGUCUCUUUGCCUCCGCCGUGAUUCUAAGUGCCAUUUACCUUUGGAACAAUAAGACAAUCAAGAUCCCCAAAAGCCACCGCUGGCAUGAGGUCUGGGCUGGUGUCAUCACGCAAAAUUCUUCGGUUGACAAAACUCAAUUACCUGAGAACGUUGAAUAUGUAUCUGCUUCAUCUUCAGCUUCAUCUUCAGCUUCUCCUACUACCUCUGCUUCACUUAACCCCUCCGUUAACUUUGCUGGGGCCGAGGAACUAGUCAAGGCGCUGAAUCCAAGUGGCACGGAUGAUGCAAUGACCUCCGUAAGUUUGCUACAUGAGUUGAACUCAUUGCAGAUUGGUCUGAAAACGGCUGCCUCUCGGUGGUUGAUUUCGACGCAGAUGGAAGAGAUCAUUGGGCGAUUGACAAUGCUUCCAAGGCAGCAAUUGUCAACAUGA